AUGCGCAGCAGUUCCAGAACGACGAGAAUAAACUUCUGCACCGGCACCGGCAAGCUCCACGCCAACGCUAUCAGGCCACCACCACCACCACCACCAUCAUUGCCUGCAACAGCCGCGCGGACCGAAUGGACCAGCAGCCAUUGCAUUCCGCGGCUAACAAGCUUUGCCCGGGGCAACCUGGACUAG